AUGGCCAGCUCUUCAUCCGAAUCGACACAGGCGGGCGAAGGCCCAGUCGUGAAGUUCAGGGUCGACUUUUCGCCCAAGUCCACGUUCUCACACAUCACCCUUCAGUAUCUGGACGGUCACCGAUACCACGUGAAGCCCAACUCGUCUAUGGUGCAGAGCCUGAAGGACACCAAGGCAAUCUACGUCGGAAUCAAUCCGUUGUCGCUCGUCCCUGUUAUCGCGAAGAAAGAUCCAUCGCCAACCAGGACCAGGCCAGCCCUCAAGCUGUUUAGUGCGGACGAUUCGAGAGGCGUCCGAUACUCGCUCCCUGUCUUCCAAAUCGCCGAAGACAACGUCCCCAAACGGGCCACGGACCUUCUCGAUGGGAACUGGGCGCCUGUCCCCUUCGUUUCUCUCACAUACUGGCUGAGAUGUGCCCAUCUCUACGAAGCGUUCCAUCAGAUCCAUGAGUUGGUCUACUAUUGCCACCCCUUCAGGUUCACGGAGAAAAUCUUGCGGGGUGAAGCAUCCCCGGGUAGGGUGGCCGCCCAGGACUUUGUGUCCCCUAACCCACUGAUGGAGGAGCUUAUCCUCGUUAUGACCCCUCUAGCCAUGUCCCCUUUGGGGUAUGCCCUUCCCUGUUUCUUUAGGGCUCAAGUAUGCCCGAUUUUGCCGCCUUGGUUCCCAGAUGGGAAUUUCUCCCCCGAACGGAGCCUAACUUGGCCACGGCCAACCAAGGACUGGCGCUCUCUUUUCUGGUCGCACAUUCCACUGUGGAAUGGCUUUCCCAUCAAGCCCAGCGGACGCAGAAGCGGCCCCACACUGAGAGAGAUCAGACGUGAUCAGGAUACCGGUACCCAUGUUGAGAAUGAAGGAAUGGACUCUCAGCAUUCGGUUGCCACCGGCCAUGGCUACUCAAUCGCACCUCCCGACUUCUGUGGAACUUCCGGUCCUCUGCCCGCUGGACUCUUGCAACUCCUGAGCUACGCCCUCUGGGGGCCUGUCUGCGUCAAUUGGUGGCGGCUACAGAACACCGCCCGCACCAAGUGGGGUCUUGAGCAUGGCUUCACUCUCGCAGAUGCCACGUACUCGGUCAAGACUGGUCUCAUUAACUUCCCGGGUCUUGGAGACUUGGACUUCAUCCCCCCUGAAGUUCGCAGCGUGCUACCUGGGUCAUCUCAAGCCCUUGACAAGAUUCUGUGGAACGACUUCUUGUCCUCCCUGAAGGAUUUCACUUAUCCCCUCCGACACUGGGGAGACCUCCCCGAUAUCGUCACUCAGCGGAUGGCAGGCUCUACUCCAGUAGACGACGGAACCCUCAAGAGGAUAACGGCUAAACUGGUCAUCGACUACUUCCUAGCCGUUAUACCUAUCCACAUCGCUCACUGCAUGCUGAGCAGCAGGGCACCAAACUGGCUGCGUGGGAGCCAAGGCGAAGGAAAGAUUACAGAGGAGAUCCUUAUUCUAUCAGUAUCUACCCCGGCCGAUGCGACCGCGCGGUUCGACGCCUCUAUCAUGAACCGACACCGGUCGAGGGACCCAGCCUGGGAGCUAUCGAAGGCGAAGAGUACUCUCCUAGUGCAAGCGAGGACCGGGAAGAUUGGGCUUCGAGGGUUCCUCUUUACUAGGAGGGUCCCCGAGGUGGUAACGCCGGUAUGCCGCUGCGGUAUGGCGCGCGAGACAUUCGAACACCUCGUACUCGAAUGCAACGGAGCCGCAGAUAAACCUCAUCCCUGGCCAAACGACGGCGCAGAGCUACUGGAGUGGCUAGAUGACGUGGAGAAGGCUGCCAUAGUGGUGGGGAGGGUGCUUGGGCUGGGGAGGCUGAACGAGUUCCGGCUGGCGGUAGAGCUGGAAAAUGAGAACAACGAAGAGGCCCGCGGCGGGGCCGAAGCGGAGUAG